AAUCAUCAUUGAUUCUUUACGGAAUAAAAUGGCUUUAAGCUGUGGUGCAAAAUGUGCCAAAUUGUUGUUACUCAUUUUCAAUGCUUUCUUCUGGUCAACUGGAAUUAUACUUUUUUCUCUUGGAAUAUUUUUCCUGGUCGAAGAUGAAAGGUCAUUACUUUUUGGUCUCUUCGCCAAUCAGACAACAUCUUAUGCUUUGCCUCAAUACUUAGCCUGGGCAUCAAUUGCCAUCGGAACAGCCAUUUUUAUCAUCGGCUUUUGUGGCUGCUGUGGUGCUUUAAAGGACUUACGUUUUCUAUUAAUUCUAUUCAUGGCCUUUCUUUUCAUAAUAUUUGCUCUUGAAUUAACGGUUGGAGUAUUAGCUGUUGUUUUUCAAGAGAAAGUUGUCGCUGAAUUGAAACUUAAAUUAACGGACAAACUACAAAAGCAAUAUGGGUACAAUGAUGCAUUAACGGCAGCAAUCGAUUUGGCUCAGACGAAGUAUGAAUGCUGUGGAAUCGGUGGGCCAGAUGAUUAUCGUCUAUCCGUUUGGCGUAACCAAUCGGUUGGUGGACAAGGAAACACCUUAGUUAAAACAUGUUGCACAUUGAUCAAUAUGAAGGAGAAACAUUCUUAUAUCAACCCGAGGCCAAUAGAUUAUGAAAAAUGUAAAUCAAAUUUUCCCGACACUUAUCGCCACAAUAAGGGUUGUGAAUCCGCAUUGGAAGCGUUUAUACGAAGUGAAUGUCUUGUGUUUAUCAUUAUUGGCUGUGGAUUCUCGGGAAUUACGCUAUUUGGAAUGAUUAUAUCUCUUUGUUUGUGUCGAGCUCUUGGUUCUACUCAAAGCCUAAGUGAUCGAGAGGAUACUUGAUUGUAAUUUAAACUGUAUCAAGAUUAACUUCUCGCAAGGAUUUUUAGAUAAUUAAUUGGCUAUUUGUCCUCAAUUCGGACCACUACAUGAUGUCAAAAAAUGAAACAUUUUUCUCUGACCAAUUGUAGCCAAAUUUGAAUGAAUGGUUGGAUUAUCAAAUUAUAUUUGGUUGACUAGACAAUGGCAAAGGCAAAACAUUUACAAUUUUCAUUGAUUAUAGACUGAGCAAUUUAUUUAAAUCAUCUCUCAUCAAAUCAGAAUAAACUUCUUGUUUCAUUCGCAAUUUCAAUUGAUACUCAAAUGGAUGCAACUGGAGAUCUUGUGAACCUUGAUGUACCAUCUAAUCAACUUUAAAAUAGUAAUUAAGUAGAUGAUAUUGUAUAUUAUGUUAAAUGUUAAAUGUUAAAUUAUAAAAAAAACUGGUCAUGGUGAAUCUCAAUGUGCAGGAUGUUAAUUUAUUAUUUAUUGAACAUGUGAAACAUAUUAUAAUUUGUUAACACUGCCUGCUAUAAUUAUAAUGUAUAACUCAAUUUUGUUUAAGCAAAAAAUUAAUUAAAAUCAAUUCCAUCAAUUUA